CCAAACCACCGUCUUGGUCCUUUCGGCGGUUCUGCCAUAAAAACUAAAACACAAAAACGAUAGCAGACCAAAACAGAAAAUGGAAAGUAAAGAGAAGAUCAAAAUCGUAGUCGCAAUAGCUUCCUUUGCUGUUCUCUCGAUCUUCUUCACCGCACAAUACCGAAAACGCCGAUACCGAAAAUGCAGUCAAAGUUCAUGCUAUUUGCAUACUGAACCGAAGCCUCAGUACUCCUUCAAGCGCGUCUUAGCGGAUAACUCCUACUCUGCCUUCAAGCACUUGAAGCUUGGCGAAUCCAAUAGCGAAACUUCAUUGCACUCGCAUCCGUAUGAAGCGGAAAUUUCAGCUUUAUUAGAGAAUGCUGAAAUUGAAUUCAGCUUUGGUACUGAAAGUAUGGAUUUGAAAAUAAGUGAUUCGUAUGUUUGGGUUGAGACGGAGUUGCAAUUAAAGGAGCUUGUUGAUGUGUUGAGUAAACAGAGGGUUUUUGCUGUUGAUACAGAACAGCAUAGCUUGCGGUCAUUUCUAGGGUUUACAGCUCUAAUACAGAUUUCUACUCAGAAUGAAGAUUAUUUGGUAGACACAAUUGCUCUGCAUGAUGCAUUGGAUGUUCUUCAACCCGUCUUUGCUAAUCCUAGUAUUUGCAAGGUGUUCCAUGGUGCUGAUAAUGAUGUUUUGUGGCUGCAGAGAGACUUCCAUAUAUAUGUUGUUAACUUAUUUGAUACUGCAAAGGCGUGUGAGGUGUUGUCAAAACCACAAAAAUCACUUGCUUACUUACUUGAAACGUAUUGUGGAGUAGCAACAAACAAAUUGUUACAGCGUGAAGAUUGGAGACAACGUCCACUGUCAGUAGAAAUGCUAGAAUAUGCUCAGACUGAUGCACACUAUCUGUUGUAUAUUGCAAAUUGUUUAAUUGCUGAGCUCAGGCAACAUGAUUCUGAAAAUUCAUGUUGCCCCGAUGACAAAUUACGUUUUGUUCUCGAGGCUAGUCGGCGGUCGAACACAGUCUGUUUGCAACUCUACAUCAAAGAAAUUGAAAUAUCACCAGGAGAGUCUGCUGCAUCAUCAAUAAUUUCCCGUCAUUUAAAUGGCCAAGGAGGUAUUUCAUCAAAAGCUUGUGACCUCCAGUUUCAGGAUCUUGUGAGACGACUAUGCACUUGGAGAGAUUUAAUGGCCCGUAUUCAUGAUGAGAGCUUGCGAUAUGUAUUAUCAGAUCAGGCUAUUAUUGCUCUUGCAGAUAAAGUUCCAACAACUCAAAAAGAAAUAUGCACCCUCAUAUCUCAAGCUGAUCUAAAUGUAGAUUCUUUGAGUUCCUCUUCUAUCCUCCCAUCUCCAUCCCCCGUGGUUUGCAGUCAUUUGGAAGAUUUUAAUUAUUUGUUCAAAGACAAGAUGGGCAAACUGGAUGAUGUUUUUCUUGAGAUUCUGCAGAAGCAUCUUGGUCCUGAUGGGAGUUGCCCAUUGUCUGUUUUUAAUUAUGCUAUAUUGUCUAAAACCAACCUGAAACUGACAAAUAGAUUGGUUUCCAAGCAAAAUGGAAUUAAAAAUUCAAGGCAAGUUGGUCAGAAGGCUUCUCGAGAGCUGUUUGUUAAAAAAUUUUCCUGCAAAUCACCAGUUUAUCAUAACUGUAGGAUUUUUGCAAGUGAUGGUCGAUUGCUUUGUUAUUGUGAUCGCAGAAAGCUUGAAUGGUAUGUUCGUCGAGGCCUUGCAAAACUUGUUGAUGACAACCCACUUGCCAUAAUGCUUCUUUUUGAACCCAAAGGUCGUCCAGAAGAUGAAGAUAAUGACUUCUAUGUGCAAAGUAAGAAAAAUAUAUGUGUUGGCUGUGGUGAAAAGAAUCACUAUUUACGCUACCGUAUAAUACCCUCAUGUUACAGAAUGCAUUUUCCUGAGCAUUUGAAAAGUCAUCGUUCUCAUGAUAUUGUCCUACUCUGUGUGGACUGUCAUGAAGUUGCUCAUUCUGCUGCCGAAAAGUAUAAGAAAAAGAUUGCUGCAGAGUUUGGAAUUCCUCUGUUUGUUCAAAAAGUAGUUGAUUCAAGAGAAGCCCAAAUUGCAUCUCAAUUAUCCACCUCUGAGGUGAACACUGUGGAAGCAGGUGUCUCACCUUUACAGUUGCGAACAGCAGCUAUGGCCCUCUUGCGCCAUGGUCCAAGAAUGCCAUCUAAUCGCCGUGAAGAACUCAGGCAGACUGUUAUGAAAUAUUAUGGAGGAAGGGAAAUAACAGAGGAAGAUUUGGAAAAAGCUUUACUAGUUGGCAUGAGUCCUCAUGAGAGAAAAAGACUUGAGAGGAAGAAAGGGAUGUCUCUUAAACAUUCUAAAGGGACUGGUUUUCCAAACAAGGAGCAGGAAAGUAAUGCCAGAAGCAUGGGCACAUCUCCCAUUGAUAAUGUAUUAAAAGUUGAUGGUGAAGGUGGUUUAAACACAACUAAAGGGGAAGCAUGUGGUAAACAAGAAAAUGGAAAUGACUUGGAGAUUACUAUGGAAGUCUUGGCUAGUGAUAGCAACAAUUUAAGCUCUGAUAGAAGUGAAAUGUCCGAGAUGAAAGAUACGUGUGUGAUGGAUACUGAUAAUUGUGAAAGUAGAAGUCAGUCAGAGGGAACAUUAGACUUAUUUUAUCCUAAAUCUGAUGGAAAUGCCUCACCUAAACAUAAUCCGAAGUUAUCACUAUUAGGACAUGGACCACAUGGGAAAGAAGUUGUGGAUCAUCUGCUAAAGGAAUAUGGGGAGGAUGGGAUUCGUCAAUUUUGCCAGAGGUGGAGACAAACUUUUGUAGAAGCUAUUCACCCUCGUUUCCUACCUGCUGGCUGGGAUGUAAUGCACAGCGGACGAAGGGACUUUGGUGAGUUCAGCGUUUAUAAUCCAGCCAAGAAUGCUUUUGCACCUGCUAAUGGUUAGAGAACACAUUCAGGGUUCUGGAAAAUACAGAAUAUGCUUGCAUUGCGUAGUAUUUAUCACUUAGUAUCACAGAUUUGUUUGCUUCUUUCUUUAGUAAACAGGAGGUUCUCAUUCUAAAGCUCCCAUGUUGUAACGUUAUUUUAUUCCCAACAUUCUUUUACAUUCUCUGAGAAGACAUUGUUUUAUUAUUUGUGAUGAAUAUCAGACUAAUCUGAAUGGGCAUUUCUCACAUCUAGACA